AUGAUUAGGCUCAGAAUAUCAAGGACGAUACAUUUUACUGUUCGUGGAGCAAGUAUUGGUCAUGUAAGACAUUAUUCAAACAAGUUACAACAAGAAGCUUUCUUGAGAGAAUAUAAGAUUCGAUCAUCAUUAGAAAGACAUAUUUAUUAUUAUGCACUGAAACCAUUAUCUAAGUUUUCCAUCCAGAGGUUGUAUGAUCAAUCACAAAAAUUAUCACCCACAUUCAUUUUACAGAAUGCUUCAGAAACCAUAGAAUAUUUAUUAGCAUAUAAUGCUCGUAGGCUCAAAGAAUUCAGGAAUUUACCUUAUUUAGUAGUUUUAAAUCCAUCGAUUUCUGAAUCUUAUAAUAGUUACUUGCAAACCAUGUCGUCCUUAAUAACGGCAAGUUUGAAUACCCCUACGACAUUGAAAGAGAAUAGUGAGUUUGCAGAAAAAGUAUUAACAGAGUUUAUAGAUAUUCAUUCUGACACCUUACCCAGCUUAUCUAAAGGAUUCAAUGAAGUGAUAAAUUUUUUGCCCUAUACCAAGAUAAAGGAGUUCUUAGAUGCUCAUUUAAGAGAAAGGAUCAGUAUGAGGUUAAUUGCUCAUCAACAUAUACAAUUAACUAAAGCUUUAGAUACCAAGGAUUACGAGAAAGGUGGGAAAUAUAAUGGAGUCAUUAAAUUAUUAGAUAUCAAUGAAGUUAUAAAGAAUAAUGCCGAAAUGGUUAAUGGGAUCUUCCUCAUGAAGUAUGACCAAUCUGUUCCCAUUGAAAUCGAUAAUAAUCUUUAUUCUAAAAAUUACUGGAGUAGACUGGAACCAGAUUUAGAUCCUAAUUUCAAAGCUGACCAUGUUAAAUUCCCCUAUAUAGAAUAUCAUUUAGAUUAUAUUCUAAUGGAAUUACUAAAAAAUUCUUUCAGAGCUCACAUAGAGAAUAAAGUCGAAGAUCCGGUGAAAAUAACCAUUGCUGUACUGCAAAACCCAUCAUUCCUCGAAAUGAGAAUCAGAGAUAAAGGUAAAGGUAUAUCACCAACAACUUUGAAACACAUGUUUGAUUAUUCUUUCACUACAUUUGAAUCGGUUGAAGGUGAAGCAUAUAAGACUAUCAACGUACCACCAGGGAUGGGUAAUGCAGUUGCUGGAAUGGGUUAUGGCCUUCCAUUACUGAAAAGUUAUAUAGAGAUAUUCAACGAUACCAUACCGCAACAAUUGGAUGAAGAUUUCGACGAUAAGAAAGUCAAAGGCUCAUUAUCGGUUCAAACAUACCAUGGUUGGGGUACUGAUGUUUAUCUCAAAACAGUAGGAUCAUAA